GAAGAACUGCUGCGUAUUUGUUUUGCUUUUUGCAAAUGUUUGUUUUAUGAAUGCGAUUCAAAAGGACACAUUUUUCCCUUUUGGAUUAUCUGAAGGGGAUUCAGUUCUUCAGGAAGGUGAUGAUGAAGUGUCUGAAGCCCUGAAGAUAAAAAAGCCAUUACAGUUCUACGACGUCCAGUUCAACAUUCUUUAUGUUUCCACAAAUGGGUUCUUGUCCCUUCAGCCUCCUCCUGAAGAGAGCCAGUAUUUCAGAAACAUGUUUCCUCUCAGCUUCUCUGCCAUCGCUCCUUUCCUGACAGACAUUAGUUCAGGACGGGGGAAAGGAUCUGUGUUUUACCGUGUGGAGGAAUCAUUAGUUGUAUUAAACCGGGCUUCUGAAAUGGUGCAGCAGGGUUUUACCGGUUCUGAAUUUAAGCCCAGCCACACAGUCAUCGCCACAUGGGACAAUGUUGCAUGUGAAGAGGAAGGGCUCCAGCUCCCAUUUACAUAUUGUGUAACCAGUUUCCAGGUUGUGUUGGCCGGCAAUAAAUCAGAUACAUAUGCCUUGUUCCUGUAUCCUGAGGAUGAGCAGCAGAUGUUAAAUAUCAGUCAUAAUCAUACUAACAUGUCAAAUGGACAUGCCAAACCUCAGGUUGGUUUUAAUAGAGGUGAUACAUCUACCAAAGAAGAGCUCUUCUACAGUCUGUUUGGCUCUAAUGAGACCAGCAAGAACCUCUAUAAGGCUGGGAACACCGGGGUAAAUGGACUAUGGAUUUUCCACAUCGGAUCCAGCCAGUUCCCAUUCCAGAAGGUAGUCCCUGCUUCCUUUCCCAAGUCUAAAUCUAUGGGUUUUGGUAGUUUGCGCAGCACCACAGAUGAAGAUUUCUACAUUACAGUAGAAUCAAACACGCCUGCAGAUAAGUCUGCUUCUAAGGCACAAAUGGACAUCCCGGCUUCACUUGUUCAACAGCCUUCAAAAUCAAACCAAGAACUACUACUUCACGCUAGUUCAAAUAAUAUGACCAAAAUGUGUGGCUUGCACCUGAAAUUUUGCUCUCAGGAUGGUUUCUGUACAGACUAUCCAACUGGUCCAUGCUGUCAUUGCCGUUCUGGUUACUAUGGCAAUGGCAGACAAUGUUUACCGAUGGGCAUUUCUCAGCCUUUAAGUGGAAAGCUGAGUGGCCUUGUUUCUGUUGGAGACACUAAAGUUCAGCUAAACAAUGUGGACAUCCAUGGCUUUGCUGUGUUGGGAGAAGGUCGCGUAUACAUCUCCAUCAGUCCUGUCCCAGCUCAGGCAGGUUGGGCUCUGAUGGCUGUAAGCCCUCUGGUCUCUACAUUUGGCUGGCUGUUUGCUCUUGAGCUCCAAGACCAUCUGAAUGGCUUCAGCAUAACUGGUGCUGAGUUUUCUGAUCAGGCAGAGCUGGUCUUCAGCCCACAAGGUCAGCGUGUUACCAUUAUUCAAGAGGCUCAAGGAAUGGAUUCAUAUAACCACUUGAAUUUCAACAUAAGGAUCAAUGGAGAUUUACCUAGCAUUCCUGGUGGUGCUAACGUCCAUAUUCUGCCAUAUGAAGAGACCUAUCAAUACAAUCAAUCAGCUGUGACAUCAUCUUCACUGCGAGAGUACAUGGUGGUGUCAGAAAAUGGUGGAUCUGAGACAUUCUCCUACCUGCUACACCAGAAUGUGAGUUUCCGUAGCUGUGAGCAUGGCACAUGGACCAUACCGGACUUUCAACAGGUGCAUGUGGAGCAUCUGAUGGUCAUGUUCACAGAAGGAACCACCCUUAGAUAUGCCAUAACCAAUAAAGUGGGGCCUGUAGGAGGUGAGCUCCCUGGGCUUGUGGAGUUGAACCCCUGUUCGACUGGGAAGCACCAUUGUGACCCCAUGGCUCUCUGCCUGCCAGGGGAUGACACUCAUUAUCAUUGUCAGUGUGCCAUGGGCUUCCAAGGGGAUGGACGCAACUGCUAUGAUGUAGAUGAGUGCGCUGAGGGGCUCAGUUCCUGUGGUCCUCACUCCGAGUGUGUGAACAUGCCGGGUGGCUAUCACUGCCACUGUCAGUCUGGCUAUGAGUUUGACCUCGAUUUGCAUGUGUGUGUGGAUAUUGAUGAGUGUUUUCUGCAGCUCUGUCAUCCGUUUGCUUCCUGCUUCAACACCCAGGGCUCUUUCCACUGCCAGUGCUGGCCUGAAUACAAGGGCGACGGCUUCCUCUGCCAACCACCACGUAAACCACAACAUUUAUCUAGAAACACACAACGCUUUCUGUCCAUCAGCUCAGUAACAGACUGUUCUCUUUGUUUAAAACACAGAAGAAGUCCGGCAAUCGAGUCAAAUAUUAUGUUCAGCAGCGUAUUAUAAAUCAGUCAAACACAAAUGAGUUGUUUAAUAAUUCAUAAGAAACAAGUAGAACAUGUUCCUGAAACAACCACCU